CCCGGACAGCCCGGACAGCCCGGGACAGCCCCUCCCGCGGCGGCCCCGCGCCCAGCCGGGCCAUGGAGCAGCACCUGCGGCGCCUGCGGCAGGAGCUGCUCUCCAUGAAGGAGGUGGGCGACGGGCUGCACGAGCAGAUGAACUGCAUGAUGGGCGCCCUGCAGGAGCUGAAGCUGCUGCAGGUGCAGACGGCCCUGGAGCACUUGGACAUCUCGGGGCGCCGCAGCCCCGCGGAGCAGCGCCGCUGCGGCCGGAGCAGCGCGGGGCCCGGGCAGGACCGUGGCCGCUGCCCCCCGAGCCCGGCGUGUCCCGUGCCAGGGCCGGACAGCGUGUCCCAGCCUGCCGUGACCCCGGGCAGCAGCCACCCCCGGGACAGCCCCUGUGCCCCAGGGCCGCCCUGCCCCGUGCCCACGGCCUGGCCGCCGUGCCACGAGUGCCCGGGCUGCGACGAUGGCCACGACUGGACGUCGUCCCUGAUGUCCCAGAGCAGGACCCGGCAGCCGCUGGUGCUGGGGGACAACGUCUUUGCGGACUUGGUGGGGAACUGGCUGGACCUGCCCGAGCUGGAGAAGAAGGGGGAGAAGAGCGAGGCGGCCCUGUCGGCCAGCAGGUCCCAGGAGCUCUGCAGGAAGUUCUCCCUCACCGCCAACAUCUUCAAGAAGUUCCUGAGGAGCGUCCGGCCGGACCGCGACCGGCUGCUCAAGGAGAAGCCGUGCUGGCUCCCUCCCGAGGAGCAGCGGCCCGACAUCUCCAAGAGGUCCAAAAAGAUCAGCAAACUCAAGGGGACGUUCUACUUGCCCCUCCACGGGAACCUGCAGAGCCACCACAGCAAAGCAGAGAGGUGCCCGAGGGCAGAGAGCCACGCUGAGCGCCCCAAAACCAGCGCCAGGAGAGUCCCCGACGGCAGAGGCCACGGCCAGGCGGGGUUUGACAUCAACACGGCCGUGUGGGUCUGAGCCUGGCUCUGCCCACGCCUCCACACCCGCCCGGGGCCGGGGCCGCUGCCCAGGACACGCUGAGCUCUCCGGGCCAGGGACGAGUCCUGCAGAAUGCGCUGCGGAUCCUCCUGGAGAGCUGCGGCUCCAGGGACUGCCUGGGCAGCAGCUGCUGCAGCCCCGCCUGGGGACACCUUGGGGACCAAAGUGACAAAAUAACGCAGAUCUUUCACAGCUUUAGGGCGAGCGGUGCCACAGGUGAGCAGCUCCCGGCGCCAGGCCCGUUCCAUCAUCUCCAGCUCAAUGGUGCAGCACAAAAUCCACGGUGUGCAUGUGUGUGUAUGAGUGUGCAAAUAUAUAUAUAUAUAUAGUUUUGUUAAAAAAAUCUAUUCCUGCUUGUGUGCACUUCAAACUGGGUUACAAACCAGCGUCCCGAGCCUUGUACCUGCAGCACUGGUUAUUUAAAUGGGAAGAAAUGAGUUUGAAUUUAUGAGACUUGAACAAUUGCUGAGUGGGGGGCAAACCCCCAACUUCGGGGGGUUUCCCCUUAAACUCUUAUCCCUGGUGCCCUCCCAGCCUCUCUCCCUCCAGCCAAACCAGUGGGGCACAAGGCUCCCCACGGGGGUUUGUGACCGGGGUCUCGGUGGGUUUGCCCCUCUCCCCUCCCCUUGACUCUGUGCAUUGCUCCAGGUACAAGGCUGCUGAAGUUUAUUUUGUUAUUGCUGGUUUUCAGCCAGAUGCAAAGUUCAUUCCCCCAUUCCCUGCUGUGUUCCCUGUUGUACAAACCCCUUUGACAGAGCCGAGUUCUUCCGUGUCCGGCUCUCCGAGAGUUUCCAAUAAAGUGGGAUCGGUGUCA